AUGGUCCAAACACUCAAAGUGGUGCUCCUAGGAGACCUGGGAGUCGGGAAAACAUGUCUACGUUCGCAGUUCGUCCAUCAUAUAUUCACAAAUGCAUAUAAGGCAACAAUCGGUGGAGAUUACCUCACCACAACCGUCAAGAUAGACGACAAUCAAGACCCCCAUCAAAAAUACUCGGCAUUAGACAGCGAAACAGACUCAGAUGCUGGUCUACAUCAUCGCGCAAAUAAGGUCAACCUCCAGAUAUGGGAUACUGCCGGCCAAGAGAGAUUCAAUCUGAUUUCAAAGGCAUUUUAUAGAGGAGCAGACGUGGUCGUACUCGUAUACGACAUUACCAAUUAUGAGUCUGUACUCAGUGUUCGGGAUUGGUUUGGCAAGUUCUUAGAGCAUUGUCAUGUGGAACGGCCUGGAGUCGUCAUCGUGGGAAACAAGUCGGACAAGGUUGCAGACAGAUGCGUGGACCGAGAUGAGAUUCGAGAUGUUCUCUGUCGUAACGGAACUAUCCCGUUAGAAAAGUACGUGACUGACUGGGACACAGACCUCAUUGAGGUGACAUGCAAGCUGCUUGCCUCGGUUGAAGUGGUGUUCCAGCGGGUUGCUCAGAUAGGUACAUCAUUGGCUUCGGAUAAUAAUGUGACCCGCAUUGUGGGGUUUGACAGCAUAGACUUGGACCAGCUCCGAACCCAACUGACAAGAUGUGCGUGUUAG